AUGGAGUCAGAUCAAGGCAAACUAUUUAUUGGUGGGAUUUCUUGGGAUACAGACGAGGAUCGUCUUAAAGAAUAUUUUGGUGCACACGGAGAAGUCAUAGAGGCAGUGAUCAUGAAAGAUCGUAUCACUGGCCGUGCUCGUGGCUUUGGUUUUGUGGUCUUCUCUGACCCUGCAGUUGCUCAAAGAGUGGUUAAGGAAAAGCAUACCAUUGAUGGACGAACUGUGGAAGCAAAAAAGGCUGUUCCAAGGGAUGAUCAACACUUGGUAAAUAGAAACAGUAGUAGCACUCAAGAAUCACCUGGUUCUGGACGAACUAAAAAGAUAUUUGUAGGAGGCCUAGCAUCGACCGUCACUGAAAGUGACUUUAAAAAUUACUUUGAUCAGUUUGGUACCAUAGUGGAUGUUGUAGUGAUGUAUGACCACAACACUCAAAGGCCAAGGGGUUUCGGAUUUAUAACAUAUGAUUCUGAGGAUGCAGUGGAUAGAGCAUUGCACAAGACUUUUCAUGAACUCAAUGGUAAGAUGGUUGAGGUAAAGAGGGCUGUACCGAAAGAAUUUUCUCCGGGGCCCAACCGAAGUCCUCUUGUUGGGUACAAUUAUGGUUUAAACAGAGCCAACAACCUACUGAAUAGCUUUUCCCCUGGAUAUAAUUUGAACUCUCUUGGAGCUUAUGGAGUCAGGAUGGAUGGGAGAUAUAAUCCACUAGCUAGUUCUCGUGCUGGAUUCUCACUUUUAGGUUCUCGUGCAUAUGGAAUAGGUGUCAAUAUGGACCAAGGAUUGAAUGCUGGGCCUGGAGGAUCAAACUUCAGCAGCAAUAUUGGUUACGGACACAUUUUAAACCCCUAUUUUGGUAAUAAUCAAAGCAGGUACAAUGUUCCCAUUGGUUACAGCUCAGGUAGUAGUCGAGGUGAUUCCUCUUACAAUAUUUCAUCCAGAAAUUUGUGGGGAAAUGGUGCCCUUAAUACUUCUACUACUAAUUCUAGCUCUGGUUCAUACUUUGGUCCGGGAAGUGACAGCUUUGGAGUCUUUGGAAAUAAUGGUGCAAACUGGGGAACUUCUCCUAUUGCUGCGUCACUUGGGGGGAGUUCUUCUGGCUACUCUGGUGGGAAUGUUGGCUACAGAGGUGGAGAAAACAGUUAUGCACUUGGAACAGGAGGGUUUGGGAGGAACAGUGGCACAGGUGUGCCCACACCAUCUUCAUUUGCCACAUCUAGUGGUAAUUACGAAGGAUCUCAUGGAGAUUUUUAUCGUAGCGAGUCAGUGUACAGAGAUCCAACAUGGCAAACCAUGUCUUCUGAGCUAGAUAAUUCUGGUUCAUUUCGUUAUGGACUGGGAAAUUCAGAAGAUGUCUCUGCCAAAGAUUCUGAUGAUUUUGGGGUGGGCUAUGAUAUUGCAAGUAGACAAUCCACUAGAGGAAUUGCUGCAUAG